AUGCGUGUUACCCGUAAAGGCCGGAAUAACUACGCCAUAUCUGGUGAUUUCGAAACACUCCAGAAUUGGGGAAACGAAAAUACGAUUCACUACCAGCUAGUAAACUCUCGCGGAAUGCUGCUCUACCGUGGAAGUAAACCGUUUUGCGAGGCGUUUAAUUGGCAACAACCGAUUGUUAUGAAGGCACGUGAGCAUUCGACCAUUCCACCGGGUAAUUAUUGUCCGCUGCCGAAGGGUAAUUAUGAGGUCGUCGAUUUCCGGGUUCAAGAAGAUGAGCUGCCAUUGGUAGCGGUUAAGGAUACAUACACUGUGCAGAUAAAAAUGACGGCACCCGAUGGGCACAUGGUGUUCUCUUAUAAGUUGCAGUUUUCCAUAUCCUAA